AUCACGCUGCUCUUAAGUGGUUAAACACAUCAAAAUUAAAAGGAAAAAGGGCGCGUUGGAUUCUAAGGCUACAACCCUAUAACUAUACAAAAGUACAUAGACCUGGUCGUAAAUACUCCAAUGUAGAUGCUCUAUCCCGUAUACCA